UUUUCAAUGUUGUUUUGGUUGUUUUAACGCGACUUUAUCGUACUUAAAAACCCUCUUUGGCGCGUCCGAUUUUUCGUUUAUAUUGAUAGAAUGCACCGAAACGGCAUCGACUCUUCUUAGUAAAACAUAUUCAAAAAGAAAGGUGGUUGAUUGAAUCCCGAGAUGAGUAUUGGUCUGGGUGAUGUUCAGGGAUCGUUGAGAGAGGCUCUCCAGGAUACUUUAAAUGGGAUAUUGUCUCCUCAUCGAGAGACAAGACAGGCUGCGGAGCAGAGGAUCCAAGCUUUAGAAGUAACAGAGGAGUUUGGUAUCCAUCUGACAGAAUUUGUCGUUGAUCCAAAUGGGCAACUGCCAAUCCGCCAAUUGGCUUCUGUGAUCCUGAAACAGUAUGUCGAAACACAUUGGUGUUCAUUGGCAGAAAAAUUUCGAUCUCCUGAGAUCAAAUUGGAAACUAAAGAGAAAAUAAAGGAGCUGCUGCCUCUUGGACUGAGAGAGUCAAUUAGCAAGGUGAGGACUGCAGUUGCUUAUGCCAUCUCAGCUAUAGCACAUUGGGACUGGCCAGAAAAUUGGCCUGGACUUUUUGAUAUAUUGGUGAACUGCUUGAGUGGAGAAAAUGAAUUUGCCGUUCACGGUGCCAUGCGAGUUUUAACAGAGUUCACCAGAGAUCUCAGUGACACACAGUUGCCCAACGUCGGCCCAGUCAUUCUGCAAGAAAUGUAUAGAAUAUUCCAGGGAGAGAAUCAAUAUUCGGUGCGAAUCCGAGGCCGUGCAGUCGAGAUUUUUACAACAAUUGGACAGCUAAUAGCAACAACUGGGGUCUAUCAGAAGGGAUUUACGCAGCAAUAUUUGCAACCUGUGAUACCGAUGUUCUGUGAAAAGUUUAUACAUAGUUUGAGAGCUCAGAAUGGAUUGACCAGCGACAGCGGUUUGAAGACGGACAUAAUCAAAGCCAUAAACAUGCUGAUUUCAAGACUGCCAAAAUACGUUUCAAACUUUUUACCACAAAUGUUGCCACCGAUCUGGGAAACAUUACAAGAAAGUGCUAAAGUUUAUCAAGAGGACACAGUCAAUGGCGGUGGCAAUAGUGACAAUAACGACAUAGAUUCUGAUGGCGAGAUAAUAAACUUCAACAACCUGGUUAUCGCCAUAUUCGAUUUUAUCCACACCCUGGUGGACUACCACAGAUUUUCCAGCCUUCUGGACAAUUUAUUGACUGAAGUUCUUUAUUAUUUAAUAAUAUUCAUGGAAAUAACUGACGAACAAAUUGAGCUAUGGACUAAUAAUCCAAGCCAGUUUGUUGAGGAGGAAGAACAGUACGUUUUCGCAUAUAAUGUUCGCAUAUCUGCACAAGGUUUACUGCUCGCUUUAGUUACCAACUUUGAGCAAACUGCUGCGAAUGCAUUGUGUGAAGUUAUCACCAAGCAAAUAGAGGCCGGAAAUGCGAUGCGUAUUAGCGCUAAUGAAAACGUUAAUCAGAAUUGGUGGAAACUGCACGAAGCCUCUAUCCUGGCCUUUGGUAUCGUGAAAGACAUAAUUGUGGAGAAGCAGCAAGCUGGAACGUUGCAAUUUGACAUUGUAGCAUUCCUUGAAAAUGUCAUACUUGCUCAUCUGAACAAUUCAGGAUCUCAUCCGUUACUGCUAGGCCGUUGCUUGUGUUUGGCUGGUAGAUACGCGCAACAGAUGCCACCCGAAAUGACAUCGCGUUUUCUUGAGGCAACAGUAAAUGGUCUCCAGGAGAAUCAACCAGCUUGUAUAAGGAUAAGUGCAGUAAAAUCUGCUUAUUGGUUCUGCAAUGCAUCAGUCGAAGGAAAUAACGGGAAUGACAACAUAUUGAGAUCCCACUUGCCAGCUCUAUUCCAAGGGCUUUUUAAUCUCGCCAGUCAGAUGUCAGCGGAAGUCCUCACUCUCGUUCUCGAAUGCUUUGCAAUUUUGGUUUCGCUCGACAAAUCGUUCACAGCCUCCAUAGAGGGUAAAAUAUGCCCAUUGACGAUCGCUGCGUUUCUUAAAUUUCACAGCGAUCCGGUUGUUCUCGGAGUCUGUCAGGAAAUCUUCAGGGAAUUGACCCUGAAUCCUGAGUGCAUAGGUCCGUUACAGACCAGGCUCGUACCGACACUCGUUAGCAUGAUGAGCAUUAGUCCUUUGGAUAAAUCGAAAGAAGAGGGCGUUCGUAGUGUCGCACUCGAUGUGUUACAGGUGCUGGUUCAGCACUCCCCUCAACCGCUUAGUAGCAUUUUGAUCGAGACAGCCUUUCCGGCUUCUUGUCAUUGCGUUCUCAGUUCCGAUGAUAAUGCAACGCUCCAAAGUGGUGGUGAAGUAAUACGCACAUAUCUUGCGGUAGCUGCACAACAAGUGAUCAGCCACAGGGAUAAUGAAGGUCAAACGGGGCUGCACUACAUUCUACAGAUAGUAGCUCAGCUCCUGAAUCCUCAGUCUAGUGAAUUCACAGCGACAUUCGUUGGAAAAUUAGUUACAACCUUGAUAAGAAGGGCCGGUAACACACUUGGCGAAAAUAUAGACCUACUGCUAAAGGCUGUUCUCAGCAAAAUGCAGCGCGCAGAGACUCUGACAGUUGUACAAAGUCUCCUCAUGGUCUAUGCACAUCUGAUAAACACAGAGUUUAACGCGGUACUGAACUUUCUGUCUACGAUACCAGGACCCACUGGGCAAAGUGCUCUUGCUUUCGUUAUGUCCGAGUGGGUCUCCAGGCAACAUUUAUUUUUUGGUAUAUACGAUAGAAAAACAGCCACUUUGGCUCUAUGCAAAAUUCUCGAGCACGGUGUGACCCACGACGACUCGAGACUCAACGAGAUCACCGUUAAAGGAGACCAGAUAUUUUCAGGUGGAGAUGAGGGCAUCAGGACAAGAAGCAAAGCUCAAGCACAGCCCUUGCAAUGGACCACGAUACCUCUACUAGUUAAAAUAUUCAAAUUGAUAAUAAACGAGCUAUCUAAUGAUAUCGAGGCCGUUUGUGCGAGUCAAGAGAUCGAGAAAUCUGACGAAGAUGAGGAUGAGGAUAAUCAAGAAGAUUUGAUAGAUCCCGGGAAUGAAUCCACCCUGAUACAUUAUCCUACAGAACUGGAUGCCGACGAAGAUGAUGAAGAAGACGAAGAUCCAGAAUUAAAAAACGACCCAGUUUACCAUAUGAAUCUUAGUCAGUAUCUACGGGAGUUCCUACUAAACUUUUCCACUCAUCAUUGUUUUCCGGCAUUUUAUCAACACUUGAACGUUCUCGAGCGUAGAGCGUUAACGAGUAUCAAUAUAAAUCCCUCGUUCUCGUAGCUAUUCCGAUUGCCCUAGCAAAUUGAUCACAACGAAAUAGAUUUUUUCUUGUUAAUGGGCAUCAGAUCUCCAAAGCUUGAGGAUGCGUUGUAUAUUUAUUUAGCCUGUGCGAUGCGAGAUGCGAUUUGGUCAGUAUGAUUAUUUUACUGAAUAACACAAACACUUCAACUGGAAGAAGAUAAUUUGCAUCAAAAUAUCGCUUAUCAUUUUUACGCGCUAGGAUAUUCACUGAUGAUAAAAUAGUUUUGUUAUAAAUAUACUACAAAGUAGUAUGUAAGUAUCUAAAAGCGUUUGUACAGAAUUUUCUAAGAUCAGUUGCAAUUUGCGGCAAGGACUAACUUUGUAAGCCUUGGAGAAUUAUAAAUAACGAGCUCUGUCGCGCAAAGUCAUUAAAAACAUAUUGUAAGUAAUAAAAAUAGAAAAUUGUUUGACAUAA